ACCUAGGAAGGAGAGAAUCUGGCUGCUGGUGGCGAAGAUGGCGGACGGGGACAGUGGGAGUGAGCGCGGUGGCAGCAGUGGUGGCGUAGGGGGUGGAAGCGGCGGGUUUCAACACUACCAGCGGGACCAGGAGACCCAGGAGCUGGCCUCAAAGCGACUGGACAUCCAGAACAAACGCUUCUACCUGGAUGUAAAGCAGAAUGCGAAGGGCAGAUUCAUCAAAAUCGCCGAGGUCGGCGCCGGGGGCUCGAAAAGUCGUCUGACCCUUUCCAUGUCAGUUGCCGCCGAGUUCCGUGACUACCUGGGGGAUUUUAUAGAGCACUACGCCCAACUUGGGCCUAGCAGCCCCGAGCAGAUCGCUCAGUCAUCCGGUGGGGAUGACAGUGGGCCUAGGCGGGCCUUGAAGAGUGAGUUCCUGGUUCGAGAAAACCGAAAAUACUACCUCGAUCUGAAAGAGAACCAGCGGGGGAGGUUCCUCCGCAUCAGGCAGACCCUCAACCGAGGCCCCGGGUUCGGAGUAGGAAGUGGCGGAGUCCCUGGUGGAAUGCAGUCCGGACAAACCAUCGCCCUCCCGGCCCAAGGGUUAAUAGAGUUCCGUGACGCCCUAGCCAAACAUAUAGACGACUACGGAGGAGAUGACGAGGAACUCGCCGGUGGCGGAGGAGCAGGGGGCUACAGCGAGCUUCCGGAGGGCACCUCUAUCAUGGUGGACUCCAAACGGUUCUUCUUCGACGUCGGGUCCAACAAAUACGGAGUUUUCAUGAGGGUGAGCGAAGUCAAACCCAGCUAUAGAAACUCGAUCACUAUCCCGUUCAAAGCGUGGGGCAAGUUUGGAGGCGCAUUCUCCCGUUAUGCCGAAGAGAUGAAAGAGAUACAGGAGAGACCGAAGGAUAAAAUGUUUGAAAGGAGACCAGGAGGAGGAGUUGCAGGAGGAGAAGAGUCGGAGGGAGACGAGGUGGACGACGAUUGAUCAAGCCGGCUGCGCAAUCUGAUCAAGCUGUCUGACAACGUGACGCAAAGCUUGAAUAGAAGAAAACCUAUUUUGUGCAUGACGUAUGAAUCGAACCUAAAUACAAAAAAAAAAUACAACAAAAAAACAGUGGAGUACAAAAAGUAUAUUUGACCUGGAAAUACUCUCUAUAUAAGAUAAUGCGACCAGGGUCUCAUUUUCAAUGGUACCCUGAGGACAUAAAAUAAUAGAUUUAAA